AUGAAAACUAUACAUUUGAGAGUCAAGUCCUUGGAGAGUACAAGAAAAAUCACUCAAUCCAUGAAAAUGGUAGCUGCAUCAAAAUUUGCUCGAGCAGAAGUUGUUUUUCAGAAAAUGAAAGGUUUAAUGGAUGCGUCAAGAUUUUUUUUUGAUAAAACUAAAAUCAAAUUGGAUACAAAUCUUCCAAAUCAACUUAUCAUAUACAUUACAAGUGAUCGAGGCUUAUGUGGGCCCGCCCAUUCUGGCUUAUUCCGUAAAUUACGGGAUGAAUUGAAAGUAACCAAAACCAGUUAUAAAAUUGUUUGUUAUGGAGUAAAGGGAAGAAACUUGAUGAGCAUGCUGUUCAGCGAUCAUUAUUUAUUUGUUGCUACAGAGGCUGGAACAACGCAGCCUAUUUUCCAGGACGCGGCCAAGGUUGUGGAUCAACUCAUAAGAAGCGACUACAAUUAUGAAACUGGAAGAAUUGGUUUUAACAAAUAUAUUGCUAAAAUGCAAAUAAGACCUUCAUCUAUUCCCAUUGCCAAUUUCGAAGUAUUAAAGGCAAGUGCCAUGCGUAAUAUAUAUCAAGAUAUUUCAGAUGAAGAGUUGAGAUGUUUUUCGGAAUUCUUGCUCGCCAUGCAAUUGUAUGGUGUACUUAUUGAGAAUUAUACCUCAGUUCAAUGUUCUCGAAUGAUGGCAAUGGAUGGUUCAUCAAAAAGCGCAGCGGACGCAAUCUCAAAACUAAAACUUCUAUAUAACAGAACAAGACAAGCUACUAUUACAAGAGAGUUAAGUGAAAUUAUAUCAGGAAAGCUAGCGCUUGAACAAGAAGAAUAG